AUGAUGUCGCUGAUCGAUCUGGACGACGACCAGAGGUGGGUGCCCACGCACGUGAAUAUCACCGUCCUCCGUGCGAGGGGGCUGCGGACGAAGGGCAAGCACGGCAGCCGCUACCUGUACACCAUCAUCCAGGUGGGGAAGGAGAAGUUCACCACCGGCCUAGUGGAGAAGGCGGAGGUGCCUGAAUGGAAGGAGGAGUGUUCCUUCGAGCUCCUCCCUGGUAUCCUGGAGGACGGGGGACGGAGCGCGUACCCCGCGGGGAGCGGAGACCUGCUCCUCACUGUCAUGCACCGGGUGCUCAUCGGCCUUGACGUGUUUCUCGGCCAAGCCGUCGUCCCUCUGGAUAAAAUAUUUCAGGAAGGAGUGUGUCUUAGAGAUGAAUGGCUAAAGCUGAACUCCAAGGUUGGGAGAAAGGAGAAAGAGCGAGGCAAUUUGCAAGUGACAGUCCAGUUCACUCGCAACAACAUGACAGCCAGCAUGUUCGACCUCACAAUGAAGGACAAGCCACGUUCUGCCUUUGGCAAGCUCAAGGAUCGUGUCACUGGCAGGAAGAGGGGUGAUGUGGAGUCGUCUUCAGCCAUUUUGCCAGGUCGAUAUGCGGCAUUGUCGGGAUCCAUGGGGCAGCCUUUUGGAGAGGCUAGUGAAGGAGGAACAGAAUCAGGAGAUGUAGAGAUAGCAGAAGAAAAGAGGAGCAAGAUGAAGGAUUUCUUUAAGGGGAAGCUGCACAAGUCAAAGGAUACUAGAUCAUGCUCAUCACUGGCUUCAGAGAGCAGUGUGUCCUCUAUGGGGGAUAACCCUCCACCCAGCCUUGAUCUCCUAGCAGAUCCACCCAGCUCUCCCAUCUACAGUAGCAAAGUGCUAGUUGAUACCCAAUAUGGAGAAAUAGACCUGGCUAAGAAAGUACUUACCAGCCAGCACACCUCGAAGGUUCUGACACACAAGCGGGCCUUCAGUGAUGAAGCUAGUAAGAUUACAACUGCCUUUCCUCGAACAUAUCCUGUGAUGGAGUCCCUGAAGGGGAAGACUAUGACCCAGUCUAAGUCUUCCCUGUGCAUCAACGGAAGUCACGUUUAUGAUUCUGAGCCCUCAACUCCCAAAGGCUCAGGUGCCCUCACGUCCAAGCUGGUCUUGUUAGAGAAGUGCUCCCCGCUCUCUCGUUCCCUGCAGAACCUUGCGAAACGGUGCGAAGACAAAGGUCCCGUCAGUGAGGGCCGACGCUGGUCCUUCGACAAGACAAAGAGAGAGGAGAAGGAAGAACUAAAGGAAGCUGAGGUGUCAGCCCCUCAUAUACACAUGGCUCAGAAAGGGGGCAGUCCUGUGCAGGCAGCAGUGCCAACACUUUCCUCUGCUGCAGAUCCAGCUGACAAAGGGAAGAAGCUCAGAAAGACAUUUUUCUCUGGAGGAAGGAGUGAUUCUCUCCCUGCCAAGUCAGAGCACAGCCAGGCAAGUUCGGCUCCUGAAGGGAGACUAAGGGGCUGGUUUGGCUCGAGCGACUCUCAGAACAAGCCAAGGCUGGAAGUUUCUCCUAAGGUAGAAAGCUGCUCAGAUGCACCCCCUCCCCUUCCUCCUCGCUCCCCUAUUCCUCCCCAGUGCACCUCUCCCUCUGCCUCCCCCCCUGGUCAUAUCUCACCUGAUAACGGGGCUCACAAUAACCUUUUCACCCCCUCUUCCUCUCCCCCCUCAACCCCCAUCUCGCCUUCCAACCCUUUCCUUCAUCGUAUGCAGCGUAACCCCUUUUUUGAGGAGCUUAUAGCUGAGGAGUUGCGCAAAUCCCCUCCUCUUGUGUCCUCUUUGAGCUCACCCCUCUCUCAUUACACAACUGUGCACUCCCCGCCAUGCAUUCCUAGUCCUGCUCAUGAUGCUAAGCCAAAGAGAAUGGCCUCCAUAAGGCGGGAACGUCCCCGGCCAGUAGCAAGGCAGAUCUCUCUCCCAGCAAUACUCCCCAGACCGGCCACGCCUAGCUCCCCCAGCCCCUCUGCACCUCGUUCCAUGUCAGAGACUGGGGGAGAAUGGGAUGACUCUUUUGAUGCCUUUGCCUCUAGCAGGCUCAAUUCCCCAAAGGGGACUUCACAAAAACUUAAGAAAGCUACCCCAACUCCACCUCAUGGAAGCAGUAAUCCUCCUAUUUAUAAUAAUUCCAUUAACACUAUAGAGGAAUUCACAGUGUGUGAAAUGCAGCCUCCACCUCUACCUCCAAGGAGGCAAUUAAGAACUCCAGUGAAUGAGAUAUACUUGGAUAGUUGGCUACAUAGAGGUCAAGAACUAGCUGUUCAGAAAGAGGCUUGUCUUCUGUCACAGACGGGCAUGGCCUCACUACAACAUGGAAGGGAAGGAGAACGCAAGAGAAACACAUCAAGUGUUUCUCCAGACCCUCAAACUUCCAGCGAGACCUCUAAUUCCCUCAGCAUUCACUCUCAGCUAAAUUCAGAUAUUACUUCCCCAGGACUCAUGACCGAAGAAAAGCUCAAAAAGGUUAAAUAUGAACCUUUAGAAGAUGAACCCGACUGCUGGAAAGGGAUGUUGUUUGAGCAAGAUUUAUAUGGUCAUCCUGCCACAGGAAACUAUGGAGAGCCCAAAGUGAACAAUAAACUUUUAGCAUUGACCUCUGAGGAAUCCACAGGGAAUAGAAUCACAUCAAAAAGUGCUACUUGUUCUCACCCAGCUGAUUUGGAAGGGUCCAAAAUGCUUCUCGAUAGUGAGAUGACUGUGGAUGAUCUUCUGAGUAUCUCCACUGACGCUCUCCCAAAGACAAACAUGAAACCACAAGUUAUUACUCACACCCCAUUAGAGUCAACAGUCAGUUCUUCCCUUAUUCACCCUACUCAACCUACACCUCCCCCGCUGAACAAUAAUAUGUCUUACACACUAACCUUGCAAGAUCUGAACAUGAAUGUAAAUAAUUCAGAUUUUAGUUUCAUCGACUCUGAUGGCUCUUCUCCAUCAGAGUUAGUUGAUACUCUGAAGGGUCUCAAAGGUUUAGAGGGGAUUCUGCCACAACCAUCAGAGGAUUCAACCAUCGCCAUGUACAGUGAGACUAUACUGACCCUCCCAGAGCAUAUGUGCUCUUUAAAGAAUACAGCCGUGCCCCACAACAGUUCCUUUGAAGUGAGGGUAUCAUCAGACAAUCUGUCUAAAGACUCCCUAGUUUGCCAAGACAGGGGAUGUGAACUGGAUAUGUUGACACCCCAUAAUAACUGUAUAGUGAACAGGAGAGAGAAUACUUCUUUGUCAGACAGUCAAACAUCUCACCAAACUGAAUCUGGACAAGAAGACGCUGAGGGUUUCAAAAGGACACAAGGUGCUUUUGAUGGCAAUGGCAAUCCACAAGUCAAACAAGUUAUACCCUUCAAGACAGAGUCCGUGGUGGUAAGUGCACGUCUUAGACCAAGGGGAAUGACUACAAGACUUAACAAUGGAAUUCCAAUGAAUGAAUGCAAAAAAGAAGACAACAAAUUUGAACAGACUCCAUCCCCAGUUCAAAGGCCCCCAGAGGCCAAGGAAGAAGUUUUCUCAUGCCAGCCCAUUAGUCUGCCUGUUUUCUCUUCACUCACACUACAUAAAGAGUCAAACUCUCUGGCAGAAAGUAUAAAGGGAGAUUGGACAGGUGACAAAGGAUCAAAUUCCAAGCCACUUACAUCCUCAAAAGAAAAUUCCCCUUUAGGACAAACAGAAGACAUGAGUUUUGAAGACCUCCAUGCAAAGGUAGCUCCAAACUUGAGAACCCCCUCAAAGUCAAAGAUGUGUCAAUCUUUGCAAGAGUCAAAACCCUCUGCUGCCACCCUGUGCUCUGGGCCCACGCUGUCAACGGGCUCAGACACAGAGGCUAAGCUUCACCCUACCCCUGUUUCCUGCCUCUCCAUACAACCCAUGAGCAUGGGGAUUAAUGCUGGAGCCGGUACCACGCUAACAGUGACCCCCAACACCUCCUCUUCCUCCUCCUCUACUUCUGCCUCCUCCACCACUGCCCAGCCCCUGGUUGAUGUGCAGCACACACUUUUGCCUGAGGAGACACAGCCAGCUAACAACCUGCCCCAUCAGGAGAGCAGCCCCCAUCCAGUAAAGCCCCUUACCACCACAGCCAGCCAACCAGAGAAGAAAGAGAGCCGUUCUGUCCUGGAGAAACUUAAAUCCACCAUUCACCCAGGCCGUACUGCCCAUCAGACUGUGGCUGAACCCGAAAAGAGUCAGGAGGCAACAGUGGAUAGCUCUGCUCAGUAUCAGCACCUGACAAAUAUGGAGCUCAUCUCCCUGCUGUUGCAGCAGGAGAUGGACAUGCAGAAACAGCAGGCGGCCUCUGAGCAACAGGAGGUGCUGUUGGAAAAACGUGAAGCUGAGCUUAAAAAGGUCAAGAUACAGGUCCGAGAUCUGGAGGACUACAUUGAUAAUCUCCUGUUGCGAAUCAUGGAGCAGACACCUACGCUGCUUCAAGUGCGCUCAAGACACAAGUGACAACAAUUGCAGAGUGUGCAUAGCAUUGCACACACUGUAUGUUUUCUUCUAGAGCAGUGGUCUUCAAUUAUGUGCCAUGGAGGCAAGUCUCUGUGUGUGCAGGUUUUCCUUCUAAUUCAACUCUACACCAGCUUAUUCCA